AUGGCUACCCCCAGUGUCCUUACCUUUGAUACUGAGGGUCGUGCUGUUGACUUUGAGGGGUGUUCUCCUCCCUCCCCCCUCUUGCCCUCUGUUGCUCCUGCUGCUGCGGCCGGCACCUCGUUGGCUUCGAGUCGGUCGGCGCUGCGUCUGUCCCCUAGCGAAGUGCCGCACCGGCAAGGGCAAGGGGGCAAGGGCGCAGGGGGGCCAGUGGGGGCGGUGGAGGUGGUGGUGGAGGCAGUGGAAGGGGGUGUGGGGUGGUGGUGGGAGUGGUGGCGGGGGUGGAGGUGUCGGGUGGCAGCAGUGGAGGCGGAGGAGGCGGCGGUGGUGGCGGAGGGAGCGGAGGCGGCGGCGGUGGCGGAGGCGGCGGAGGUGGCGGAGGCGACGGAGGUGGCGGUCUGCGCCAGCAGUAGCAGCGCGGUCUUGAGGACCCUGUACCUCAGCAGCUUCGUGAGUGGUACGCUGGGCGUCAGCGGGGGCUGGGGCAGCUAUCUUGAUCUUGACUAUGAUGCUAUUCUUGCUGCCAUGCAUGCUGUGUCUACUGACGAUGAGGGUGACUGUUACCUGUGUGUUCCGCCUGACCCGGGCAUUGAGGCUGCUGCUCUAGGUGCUGGUGAGACUGCUGCUCCAGGUGCUAGUGCGUCUGCUGCCCCAGGUGCUGGUGAGUCUGCUCUCUCAGCCCCCUCUGGCACCCUUUCUGGUCUCUACCUCCCUUGUUCUCUACGAACUUGUCUCCCCCUGUCCCUCCCUCCCCUACCUCAGGGGCGGCCCCUACCUGCGUCCCCUGCGUCGAGGGGCGGCAGCGCGCCGCUCCUCACUCCCCUCCGAGUUUCCUCCGACAUAGGCUCCCUGCAGCCUCUUCACAUGGACGUGUGGGGCCCCGCCCGCGUCCGUGGCCAGGGUCACGAGCGUUACUUCUUUUGUUGGUGGUUGAAGACUACUCGCUACGCGGCGCAUCAGCUCAAUCUUCAGCCCCGGGUCUCCUUACCAGAGACCUCCCCCACCUUGAGGUGGACGGGGAAGGUUGGCGAUGCGUCUGCGUUUCGGGUCUGGGGAUCUCGGGCGUUUGUCCGCGACUUGUAUGCGGACAAGCUGUCCCCCCGUGCUGUUCCCUACGACGUCACCUUUGACGAGUCGGUGCCUUACUACCGUCUCUUCCCCUGCCGCACUGCGCCCCUCCCCCCGCCGCUGCUCUUCCUUGCGCCAGGUCCUCCCCCGGUAGACCCCCUCCCCCCUCAGGGUCCUGCUCCGUCUGGUGUGUCCCAGCCUAGGGGUGCUGAGCCUGGGGGUGCGGAGCCUGGGGGUGCUGACCUGGGGGUGCGGAGCGUGGGAGUGCUGAGCCUGGGGGUGCGGAGCCUGGGGGUGCUGGGUCUACUUGUCCGUGCUGCUGGAGCUGGAGGUACUACUGUUGCUGCUGGUCCGGUAGGUGCUCGUCCUGGCGGUUCUGGAGCUGCUGGGACUGGGAGUCCUGCUGGAGGUGCUACUGGAGCUACGGGAGCUGCUGGCGGUACUUCAGCUGACGGUCCUACUGGAGUUGGUCUGCUGGCUGGAGCUGCUGGAGCUGGAGCUGCUUGGGGUGUUAGCGCUGUUUUUGCUGGCGCUGGUGCUUCUGAGGGUGCUGGAGUUGGCGUUGUUGGAGCUGGAGGUGCUGCUGGUGCUGGUGCUACCGCUGGAGGUACUGGUGCUGUCCCUACUGGUUCUAGAGGCGCUGCGCGGCCAGGCCGUACUUCUUCCGCUCCUUGA